CUUGUCACUCUUUUAAGCUACGGCAGAUGCUCCUCAUACUAUGGGAAUAAAGGGACUAUUAGGAUUCUUAAAGUCCUCUCAAACUCCCUCCCACGUAGAGGAGUUUUCAGGUAAGACAUUAGGGGUUGAUGGGUAUGUUUGGCUACACAAAGGUGUGUUUACAUGUGCUCAUGAAUUGGCAUUUCAGAAAGACACAGAUAAAUACAUUAAAUAUGCAAUCCAUCAAGCUUUAAUGCUUCAAUAUUAUGGUGUGAAGCCAAUUGUUGUCUUCGAUGGAGGGCCUUUACCUUGCAAAGCACCUACUGAGCAAAAACGAAAAGAGCGCCGGGAAGAAGCUUUCAAAUUUGCAAAGAAGCUAUGGGAUGAAGGAAAGAGAAGCCAAGCUUUUACGCAAUUCUCCCACUGUGUCGAUGUCACGCCGGAAAUGGCCGCAAAAUUAAUAGCUGCACUGAAGGAACAUGGAAUUUCAUCAAUUGUAGCACCAUAUGAAGCAGAUUCCCAGCUUGUUUACUUGGAAAAAGAAAAGGUCAUUGAUGGCAUUAUAACUGAGGAUUCUGACAUGCUUGUUUUUGGUGCAAAAAGAGUCCUCUUCAAAAUGGAUGGGUUUGGAAACUGCGUUCAAAUACAACGUGAGGACCUCUUUAAAAAGCAAGAGGUAGAUUUAAGAAUGCUUUCUGAUGAAAAAUUUCGCCAUAUGUCCAUUUUUUCUGGGUGUGAUUAUACUGAUGGAAUCGCUGGAAUGGGCCUAAAAACUGCUUUACGCUAUAUUAUUCGAUAUCCAGAUCCUCGUGCUGCUAUCCGUGCGAUGCGCCUUGACAAAAGUCUGAAAGUACCGAUUGCUUUUGAGAAAGAAUUUUUAUUAGCAGACCUUGCUUUUCAGCAUCAGCGAGUUUAUUGCCCUAAGCUUAAACGUAUUGUGCAUAUGUCGCCAAUAUCUAGAGAGCUUUCCCCUGAAGAGGAUGCUUAUAUCGGUCCCUUCAUCGAAGACCAAAUAGCAAUUGCAAUUGCAGAGGGUAGAUUUGAUCCAGUGACCAAGUCUGCUUUUACCGAAAAGAAUACUAUGACAAACUUCAAUUCUCCCAGAAAAGAAAAUUAUACUGAAUCUACUAAAAGAAAGGGUAUCACUAAGACAGAUAUUUCUACCUUUUUUAUGGGAACGCGACCGCCAAAUAAGCGUCCAAAGAAAAUUGCUAGUAUGACUUGCAUUCCCAGUCAAGAAAGACCGAUGGAUAAGUUUCUACCGUCUCAAAAGCAAGAAUCUGUGGAUUCCCUGACGAAAGGUGAAGGUGGAAAUGAACAGAUGAAAACACCUCAACGGGAACCAUUGUCAUCGGUAAACACCGCUUCAGAACCACGCAGGUUUGACAAAUCUUUGUCAGACGUUAGCCAUUUGGUGAGGAAGAGCGAAAACAUUCCUCCAUUUACAGCACCAGGUGGAUGUAGCAAGUACUUUGCUCAAAAGCAGCCUGAUGAAAAGAAUGUCAUUAAUGAAAGAUCUUUAAAAGAUGAAAAAGAAAAUAUUUCCAUCGCUUCUCCUUCACCAGCUCCGAAAUCCUGGUUUUCUUCGUUUUCUUACGAGACUUCAACGACACCACGUCCCUCAACACCCUUAAGCAAAAUUGGCCAGAAUGCUCUAAAUCGAAAAGCUAAACGUUCAUUCUCUUUACAAUCACCAUCUACUGUGUCUUCAAAGCCAUCAUCCACCUCAUUACCUGAACGCCCUAAAGGGGUUUUGUCAUUGCAACAUUAUAAGUUUCGUUAAAUUUGGCAUGUCUUGCUAUCUACGUUCAUUUAUACCUUUCGUGUGUAACCAAACCAUCUUGUAAUUCUUUGUCAUUCUUUUCAAUGGUUUACUUUGGGUACUAAAAUAUUUAUAUAUCAUUUUUUCGAACGGUACUAGUUAGUUUAAGGAAUUAAAAUAACUUCAUGAAGAGUAGCAUCCGGAUAAAUCAUAAUUAUUGUACAAGUAAGAGAAAAAAAUAAAUUUAUUAUGAG